CACAAUAAUAAAAAUAAUAAUAUUAAAUACCAAUUUAAAUAUUAUUAUUUCUUUAAAUUAGAUUCAGUAUUAUUAUUAAAUUAUUAAUAUUGAUUUAGCAGUAAUUCUUAUUACUAUUUAUUUUUUUAAAUAAAAACAAAUAAUUUAUUUAUUUAUUUUUUUUUAAAAGAAUUUUUUUAUUUUUUUAAUUUCUUUUAAUUUAUUAAAAUCAAAUAUAAUUAGUAUACUUUUUUUUAUAAAAAAACCAAUUUUUUAAUAAUAAAUAAUAAUAUAAUGGAUGUAUAUCUAAAUUAUGGUUGUUUAACCCCACCAAAAACAAUUGGUUGUAAAAGAAAAUCAAUUUCAUCAACUCUAAAAGAUCUAGAAUCAUCAAAAAGUAAUAAUAACGACAACAUUAAAACAACUGACAUCAUUAUCAGUAACAACAAAAGCAGUAAUACUCCUAAUGAUGACGACGAUACUUAUAUUGAUAAUAAAGGAAAAAAGCAAAUAAAUCAAAAUAAAAAAAUUAAACUAAAUCAAACUGAUAAAAUAAUCACCACCACCAAUAACAACAACACUAACAACAUAGGCACCAUACAAAACACCAUACAAAACACCACACAAAACACCACCACUAUAUCUACAAAAAAAGACAUAAUUAAUAUAGAUAAAGAUCUUCCUUCAGAUAAUAUCAUAAAUAAAAAUAAUAAUAAUAAUAAUAAUAAUAAUAAUAAUAAUAAUAAUAAUAAUAAUAAUAAUAAUAAUAAUAAUAAUAAUAACAAUAAUAAUAAUAACAAUAAUAAUAAUAACAAUAAUAAUUUUGAUAUGGACAAUAUUAAUAUUAAUAAAAAUAGUAUAACAACAACAUCAUUUCAAUAUUUUAAACAAGCUCAAGAAAAAUAUGUUAAAGAAUGGGAUUGGAAAGCUGCAUCAAAAAAAGCAUUCUCUACGGAUCAAACAUUAAAAAUUUUAGAACCAAAACAACAAAAAGUAAAGAAAACUAAAUCUUCAUCAUCCUCAGCAUCCUCAUUAAAUAAUACUCAUCUAGAACAAACUGUUAUUGAUGCUGGUCAAAAAAAUGUUGGACAAAUGGUAUGUCAAAAAUGUAAAAUGUUAUAUUCAUAUGGUUCAAAAGAAGACGAAAUUGCUCAUCAAUCAUUUUGUAAUGGUAAUAUACAACAACAAAAAGUUAUAAUUAAAAAUUGGAAAUCUUUGAAAAUUGUAAAUUUGCUCCAUAAUGGCCAAGGAAUUAUUGCUGUAAAUAGAGAUGAUACCUCAAUUAUAUCAAAAAUUAAACAAAUUAAACAAAUUAUAAACACAGAGUUGGGUUAUACCGAAAAGUUAAAGAAGAGUGAAAGUAAUGACGACGAUGAUGACGAGAAAUUGUUUUUAUAUCUAGAUGCAAAUGGAAGGGUUUUGGGUUGUUUAGUUGCUGAAAGAGUUGAAAAAGGUUAUAAAAUUCAAGUUUCAUCACCAACCAUCGAAUGUAUUAAAACACCAUCAAAAAUUCUUUGUGGUAUUGAUCGUAUUUGGGUAUUGCCAUCUCAUAGAAAACGUGGCAUCGCUUUAAAGCUCAUAGAAUCACUCCGUUCAAACAUGUAUUAUGGUUAUCAUUUAAAAAAGAAUGAAAUUGCAGUCACACAACCUUCAACCUCAGGUUUAUCUUUUUUUACAAAAUAUUUUGAAACUGAUCAGUUUUUAUUAUAUAAAAUAAAUCAAUAAAUAAAAUCAAUAUUUAAAAUUUU